CACAAGCCCGGAGACAUGGCAGCCAACUACGUUUCUCGAUUGUUGUUCGCCCUUGUCUACUUGACCGGGGUGGUGCAGUGUCUCACCNCUGCACAAUGGAGAAGCCAAUCGAUCUAUCAAGUUCUUACCGAUCGUUUUGCGAGGACAGAUGGUUCUACCACUGCUUCUUGUGAUGUCAACAAGUAUUGUGGUGGAUCCUUCCAAGGCAUCGUCAAGAAACUGGACUACAUCCAGCAGAUGGGUUUUACUGCAGUUCGUCUACAUUCAAUGGAUAGAUUGCCUACAGCUCUAACAUACAUCGUAGNNAUCUGGAUUAGUCCUGUUGUGAAGAACAUUUACAGUUCUGGCCAAGAUGGUGACUCGUAUCACGGAUACUGGGCUCAAGACAUCUACCAAGUCAACACCAACUUUGGCUCUGCUGCCGAUUUGGUGUCACUUUCCAAAGCUCUUCAUGAUCNNUAUCUGAUGGUUGACAUUGUCACAAACCAUAUGGGCUACAAUGGCUGUGGUAAUUGCGUCGACUACUCCAUCUACAAUCCCUUCAACUCGCAGUCAUACUAUCAUCCCUUCUGCCUCAUCAACUACAAUGAUCAGACCAGCGUUGAGCAGUGCUGGGCUGGCGACAACACAGUAUCUCUGCCAGACUUGAGAACCGAAGACUCCAAUGUACUCUCCAUGUGGAAUACCUGGAUCGAACAGCUUGUGUCAAACUACACCAGUAAGUCGAUGAGUUGUCUGAAGCAAAGACUUUCGCUAAGGCUUUAUANNGUCGAUGGUUUGAGAAUCGACUCUGCCAAGUCCGUUGACAAAGCCUUCUAUCAACCAUUCGAACAAGCCGCCGGUGUCUAUGCAGUUGGUGAGGUCUACGAUGGCGACCCGAACUACUUCUGCGACUACCAAAACUAUCUGGACGGCAUGCUUAACUACNCCAACUCCACCUCCGGCAGUAUCAGCAAUCUCUACAAUGGUAUCAACACCAUGAAAUCGACUUGCAAAGACACAACACUCCUAGGCUCGUUCAUGGAGAACCAUGAUGUAGCACGCUUCGCAUCAUUGACUUCCGACUAUGCACUUGCCAAANAUGCUAUCGCGUUCACAAUGCUUGCCGACGGUAUUCCUAUCAUCUACCAAGGCCAAGAACAGCACUUCUCAGGCUCUAGUGUACCGAACAACAGAGAAGCACUUUGGCUAUCUGGCUACCCUACUUCUUCGCAACUAUACCCAUUCAUCGCCGCAAUCAACAAGAUCAGAAAGCAAGCCAUCAAGCAAGAUACGGGAUAUCUCACAUACAAGGCUUACCCUGUCUACUCUGAUGCCUCUACUAUUGUUAUGAGGAAGGGUACAACAGAAUCUCAAGUCAUUGGUGUGUUCACCAACAAAGGCUCCUCCGGAAGUAGUUCAUUCACACUUUCGUCAUCGGCAAGUGGCUUCACAGCUGGUCAAUCAGUCACUGAUAUCUUGUCUUGCACUUCCUACACUGCAGACUCGAACGGCAACAUUGCUAUCAGUAUCAACGCUGGUGCUCCCAGGGUUCUCUACUCAACCUCAAAGCUGACUGGCAGCGGUCUCUGCGGUGGCUCGAGUUCUACAUCAGGCACACCAACCACGAUCAAAACAUCUACGGUACCUGGUGGCUGCAGCACUCCUACCGCAGUUGCUGUUACCUUUACCGACAAAGUGACUACUCAAUAUGGCCAGACCAUCAAGCUCGCAGGCUCGAUCCCUCAGCUCGGAUCUUGGAAUGCUGCAAAUGCUGUUACCUUGUCUUCUGCUGGUUAUACCACUAGUAAUCCUGUCUGCUACAAGUUCAUCAAAGUGAACUCUGAUGGAAGCGUGACUUGGGAAUCUGAUCCUUAUACCGUUCCUGCGAGCUGCGGUGUGGCGACUGCAUCGGUCGGCAACACUUGGCAGGGAUGA